UGUGUCCCUCUCUUUAUUUGUUAAUCAUUUUGUGCAGACUGCACAUCCUCCACCAUUCUCGACCCCCAGGGAACAACACGUCCCAGCGCGCCUCGAGCAGGAGAAUCCUGGACGAGCAGCCUGCAGACGGAGGGUCGGAUGGUGUUUUCGCUCAGGUUACUGUGAGCAUCGCUGCAGCUCAGGCUUCCUCCUUGGACGCGUCGAGGCUUCACAAGGAGCUUCGCCUCGGGGAGGAAGACACCCGGAGGGAGGCCGCUGCCUCCGAUUGGCUGAUGACCCUCAACAGGCCACCAAUCAGACACCUUCCUCGCUGUGUGACUGCAUGUGUUUCCCUCUCCGUCUACUAACACGCCGUGUGAGCCUGCGCAUAUUUUUAUGUUUGCGGAGCUGCAUGCAUGCAUGGGUGUGUGCAGGAUGCUAAAACCGGGAGCUGUGGGGGAGGGGGAGGGCCGAGGAUAGAGGCGCUUAAGAAAAACGGUAGAAGGGGUGAUACAUAGAAGAGAAGAAGAAGAUAAGAGGAGGCUAGUGAGGAGAGGAGAGGACAGAUGCUGAGAAGGGAGCGAUAGUGAAAGGCCCGCUGAGGAGAGAUAGACGGAGGGAGAGAGGAGGAAGAGGAGGAGGAGGAGGAGGAGGAAGAGGAGGAGGAGGAGACGAUCUCCCGGAGGAAGCAUCGUCGAAUUUAACAGGAACCAGGGCAGCUGUCCUCUGUUGCCGUGACGAUGGGCUGCUGGCUCUCCGGACCGUGGAUGGGGGACCAAACGGUAAGUGGGCGGAGUCUUUCCCACCUGAGCCAGCGCGAUGCUUUGCGGAUCCUGGCGGCCAGUCAGCGUCCAAUCACCAUGCAGAUCAAGGGUCAGAGGGGGUGUGGCCCCGAAGCCGAAAGAGGAAUGUGGGAGCCGCUGCCACUCAACCUGCAGCAUCUCAACCUGCCCCUGCCCCUGAUGACGGGGCUCAACGCCUCCAGCCCCUCCUACCAGGACAGACAUUAUUACAGCCAUCUGUCUCUGCCACAAGAUCACUGUGAAGCAGGCCGGUACAGCUACCUGUCCGGCUCCCCGCGGGACACUGUGGACAUUGGCCACCAGGAUCCAGAACUGGUCGGUCGUGGACCAAAGGGACAGAACUGCCUGAUGGGAUGCUGCAACGCAAACCUGGAGGAACCCAACGGGUUCCACAGUCAGACGGACGACGACGACUUCAUGAUGGAGAAGCCGCUGGGCUUCCUGCCCCUGCACCAUGAGCUCGACAGCGGUCUCGGCUGGACUGAUGGCUCCCUCCACCAAGGGGACCUCUCCGGGCUGGAGACCGAGGAGGGAGGCAUGGAGGACUGCCAUCCCCACGGGGCCCUCGGCCCGGGGGGUUGCGGGGGCUUCAGAGGAGGCGGCUCUCCUUCCUCUGAGUCCUUUAUUUCCUCCGAGCUCAGCGACUCUGGCUUCUACAGCGUGAGCACCGGGGAGUUCAGGCACUUCCAGAGGCUGCUGGAGAAGCGAAUGCGGAUGUACAACGCCCGGCUGCAGCAUCAGGGCGAGCCGUGCGAGAGGCGGGAACGGCGUGACAGCUGCCCCAAGAGCCACCGCGAGCUCCUGGAGGCCAUCCCAGAGACGCUGACCAUGCAGCCUCAGUGUCCUCGCCUGCAACUCGAGAUGGAGGAGGACGGUGGGCCCAUCAUGGACAUCCCACCUCGCGGACUUUUCAGGGUUUCAUCGGUCCAGUUCCACAAAGCCGACCGGCCCUGCCUGAACCGUCACAGCUCCAGCAGCGGAGCCCUCUUCAACCCCUCCCACGCUCACGCCGGAGUCUCACGAAUGACUGCCCCGGUCCUCUCCACCUGCAGCACCCCCUCCAGCGACCGGAGAUCCCUUGUACCCAUGCAGCAGCAGCACCACCACAGCUCCGGUUCAGUGGGGAUGCUGCGGAGGAGCCGGACUCUGCACCACCGCCCGCCUCCACAGGAGUACCGCCGCCGAGCCAGCCACCCAGCUUCCCCGUCCUACUGCGCGGCGACCAUGCACCACUGCGGAGGGGUCCCGCCGCACAACGUCCUGCCGCCGGGGCUGCCAGAGGAAGGGGAGCUGAUGGCCGGUGUGUUGGCUUCUCACCCAGCAGGCCUGGCCCUCUCACCACAACAACACCCCGCCGCUCUGGGGCACAUGAGGGCCGCCAACAGCCACGAGCACCGCUACGACAACAGCCCCGAUGCCCAGAGCGCUCACCACGACUGGUGGCUCUCGCAAGAAAGAGGCUUGAUGCCCGAGCAGCUGGCGGCGGAGAGGGACCGAGAGAUGGAGAGGGAACUGGAGCAAAAGAGGCAAAUGCAGGAGAAGGAGCUGGAGAGGGAGAGGGAGGCGCAGCUCCAGGCCGAGAUGGAAAGAGAGAGGCAGCAGCAGGAGCUGGGGAGGUGCCGAGCGAGAGAGCAGCAGCAACUCCAGGGUUCGGUCCACCCUCCUCAGGCCGGAGAUGUCAACGACACGUGGCCGAAACCGGCCAACCGUCAGUCCCAGGGCGGCGGGGGAGGACGAGGUCUCUAUAGCACCCUGGAGGGCCACACAGGGGUUGGCUGUGCCGCCGGAUGGGAUGUUCAGAAAGGACACGUGGAUGUGGGUUCAAGCCCAAAUCCCAGUUGCGGUUUGCAGCCAAAACUAAAUUCGAGCUCCAAACCCAACGCGACCUCACGGAUCUCGAGGAACCAGCUCCUGAGAGACCGGGCGUCCAAGCUGGCGGAUGAGCGCAGCGGAAUGAGCACGGACGAGGAGACCAACACCGACAUGCUGAUGGGACGCUAUUGGAGUCGAAUGGAGAGAAGGGAACACUUCCUGUUGGCCCGCGAGCAGAGGCAGCAGCAGCAGAUGCAGGCCCGAGGGGGGACUUUACGCGACGUCAUCCUCCGGGGGGGAGGCGGAGGAGCCUCCGUUGGAGACGCAGGUAUGCUGGACGGAAGAGGCGGUGGAGGUUUUGGAGACGGGAGGUGCAACACGGUCCUGGAGCUCAGUCAGAGGAAGCUGAGCCGCUUGAGGAACAGGAAGCUGUUGGACGACUGGACGACAGUCGAGGAGCUGCUGACUCACGGUACCAGGCUGAACAACCACGACGACUUGAUGUGUACCAGCUCCUUGCUGACGGUCACCACCGUGUAACGCAACUCUGUGUGAGUGUGAGUGAGUGUAAGUGUGUAACAACGUCCAAGCAAACCCUCGUGUUUAGUCUUCUCCAAAGUCAGAUGAGAAGGUGGAUAUCAGUUUCAUCUUUGCGUGUCCAGUACAGAGAAGAGUCCAGAACGCGUAUACAGAGUGAAGACCAAAGAAAACGUAAGCCUCGUUUCUUGACGGUAAACUCAAAACCAAUUUGAUUUUUGUGAACUUCAUUGUGGGUCUCGGUAGAAACAAAGAACCGGUUUAUUGUUAAAAUAAUGGGCGAUGAAUGCAGCCAAAGUUGGACCUGAUCUCCUGCAGAAAAAGCUCUUAAGCUAUCCAAGUGUCUAUUCCGCUCCACGCAGACCCCCCUCUGAGGACGUUAGUGUGACUCUGCAGGCAGACACCACACACUUACAGAACAGUGUGUGCUCUCUUUGUCCUUUUUUUGGGAGUAUUUCUGAGGCUUCAGCCGUCCCCC